AACACAAACUUAUUUUGUUUAGAUGAUUUUUUAUUGUUGAUACUUUAAAAAUUCGAAAAAUCCAAUUAAAAUUCAACUGCUUCUCCCACUACUCAAAGAGCGAGAAAAGACUUUUGGACAUCCACUCUGCCACACAAAUCAUUGUUGAACAUGGCACAAAAAGCUACAACAAUUUUGAAUUCUCUUGAGUAUAGCUUUAACAUCGACAGCCAUAAAUUCUUUACGGAACUUGCUAUUAACGAAAGAAGAAUAAAUUUCCUAAUUAUUUGAAGAUCAUACCAACGCAAUAGACAAUGACAGUAAUAGCAGUUCUAUUGGCCACGUUAGCCGGGCUUCUUAUAUACAUUGGACUAAGGGUGCGAAAACACUUCAAUUAUUGGAAGGACUUGGGUGUUCCCUGUGAGCCGCCCAGCUGGUUAAUGGGUAGUGUUGCAGGGUUUUCAACUUCGAAGCCUUUCAAUCAGAUCGUUGGUGAUUAUUAUAAAAAAUUCCGAUUAACUGGACCCUUUGCGGGUUUCUAUUGGUUCUCCAAACUGGCUGUCUUUGUUAUGGAACCGAAUUUGAUUAAACACAUACUGAUCAAAGAUUUCUCAAAGUUCUCGGAUCGUGGUCUAUACGCCAAUGAGGAAGAUGAUCCUUUGUCGGGGCAACUUGUUAAAUUGGAUGGAGCCAAGUGGCGUAAUAUGCGCAAUAAACUCUCACCCACCUUUACGUCGGGCAAAAUGAAGGUCAUGUUCCCAUUGGUUACCAAAUUAGGCAAUGAUUUAAUCGAAGUUUUCCACAAAACUCUUGCCUCAGAUCAGGUGUUGGAGGUGCGUGAUUUGGUGGCUCGCUUUACCACCGAUGUCAUUGGAACUUGUGCCUUUGGCAUUGAAAUUGACAGUCUACAUAAUCCUAAUGUUGAAUUUCGUCGCAUGAGCCGCAAAGCAUUUGUGGAACAGCGUAAUGGUGCCUUAGGUUUUAUGAUACGUUUCAGUUUCCCUGAGCUCUCCUGCCGCCUUCAUAUCAAGGAAACUGCGGCGGAUGUGGAAGAGUUUUUCCUAGGAAUUGUGCGAAACACUGUAGACUAUAGAGAGAAGAAUAAUGUGAAACGCAAUGAUUUCAUGGACAUGCUAAUCGAUUUGAAGAACAACAAAUUGAUGAAAAGUGAAACAGGAGAAGAAAUGACCAAUCUGACAUUUGGCCAGAUAGCUGCCCAGGCUUUUGUCUUUUUGUUAGCAGGCUAUGAAACCUCAUCGACCACCAUGUCUUUUGCUUUGUAUGAGUUGGCCCAAAAUCAAAAAGUGCAACAGAAGGCUAGGCAAGAGGUUGAUCAAGUUUUGGAGAAACAUGGAGGGCAGUUUACCUAUGAGUGUAUGAAGGAAUUGGUGUAUUUGGAUCAAGUCAUAGAAGAAACCCUUCGACUUUACACCAUUGGGUCUGCUCUUAUUCGUAUGGCUUUGGAGGAUUAUGUUGUACCCAAUCAUCCACAAUAUGUAAUUAAAAAGGGAAUGAUUGUCGUUAUACCAGCGGGAGCCAUACACCGAGAUGAACGUUACUUUCCCCAACCGAAUGUCUUCAAUCCUGAUAAUUUUUGUGCCGAAAAGGUGGCCGCACGAGAUUCUAUAUUAAAUUUAUCCUUUGGCGAAGGACCACGAAAUUGUAUUGGUAUGCGUUUUGGCAAAAUGCAAACAUUGGUGGGAUUGGCUUUGCUUUUGAAGAAUUUCAAAUUUUCCACUUGUGAGAGGACACCGAUUCCCAUGAAAUACGACAAGAAGAGUUUUCUAGUAUCCUCGGAGAGUGGUAUUUACUUGAAAGUUGAGAAAUUGUAG